AUGGCUGCCCCGAGCCCCCAAGACGCUCUCAUCCGCGAGAUGAGGGGACAGAUUGCGGCCUUAACGGCCCGUCUAAAUGAACGCUCUCCGCAAAGCUGCCUGGCCUGUUUUGCCCCCUUCCCAGAGGGCAAGAACCCCGAGUACAGCGACGCCGCCAAAUCGCGCAUCAAGGUCUCCGCGACGUUCUCAGGGAAGAAGGACGAGUUCCAUUCCUUCAUCCUGAGCAUAAAGAACAAAUUUGACGAAGACGUACGAACCUUCCGGACUGAGAACAGCCGGAUGGUCUGUCUGUAUAACCUGCUCGAGGGAAAAGCCCGCCGAGCACUUGAAACCCGCUUCUCCUCUGACACUCGACCCUUCUCUGGAGUGGCAGAGAUGAUCCAAGCCCUUGAGUCCGCCUAUGGCAAUCCGAAUGAGCUUUCCGAGGCUCUUGACCGCCUGCAACGCCUCCAGUUUACCGUGAAUGGGAAGACCGACAUUGUGGACUUUCUUGCGGAAUUUGACUACUUAACUGCGACCGGUCGUGUGCCCGAGGACCAGAUGAAGCAUACCUUGUGGCAGCACAUCCCGGCCAACCUAGAUAACAGCCUCUUGACCAAGACCCGUGACGAGUCCGUGACCUACGAGGUUUUCUCCCAACCUUCGCCCAGUCCGCCGCCCAAAGACUCGGAGCCCAGAUUAAGGAGCUCCCGAGUCGGAUUCCUCCAAGACUUCCGUGGAAAGCCAGCCGGCUAUAUCCAGAAACAGCUGGUCGCCACUUUCGUCAUCGAUGGCCGUUCGUUCGCAAACGAGACAUUUGAUAUAGCUGAGUGUGGCCAUGAUAUCUUUAUCGAUGAUCUUCCUGCCCUCGCCAAGUUCUCCCCGACGAUCCAGCUCUCUCGUCAAGCCCCGCUCUCGGAGGAGAAACGCUACCGGAUCCUCCACAAGAACUGGCGCCGCUCUGAUCAAGCUCCUCCGGCCUCUGUCCCGACCCCGUUACCGACUCCGUCUCCGUCGUUUCAGUCCAAGUCUCCGUCUGCCAAGAAGUCUGUCCGUUUUCAGCUCACGACCGCCCCUGCUACCGCCUUCGUCUCCGUCGCCUCGGUCCAAGCCUCCGAAGAUCAAGCCCUGAUUAACGCCCUGAAGACCUACCAGGGACAAAGCAUUCCGUUCCCUCAGGAGAAGACCCUGAGCAUGUUGCUUGUAGAAAGAGACUGUCGAUCACCUCCGGAGAUAGACUUCAUCGAGCCCGAUCCGAGUCCGCACGCCGCUUCUGUCCUCUUCGCUCCGAAACCGAACACGACCGCCCGCCGCUUCUGCAUCGACUACCGUUGGAUGAACGAUCAUCUUAAAAGUCGCAUCACGCCCGCUCCGUCCUCGAAGGCACUGCUUGGUUGCCGUGAAGCUCAACGCUUCACGAAGAUCGAUGUGAUCCAGGCCUUCCACCGUCUCCGCAUGGACCCUGACUCCGAGUAUUUGACCGCCUUUCGCACCCGUUUCGGAACUUUCCGCUGGAAAGUCCUCCCGUUCGGUCUGAAGGUAGGUCCCGCCUGGUUCCAGCAGUUUAUCAACGCGCAGCUUCACGAUCUCCUCGACCGGUGCGCCAGCGCCUACGCAGAUGACGUCCUGAUCUACUCGGAUAAAGAAGAAGACCACUGGAAAGACUGUCAAGAAGUGAUCUGGCGACUCCAUCAGGCCAACCUCCAGGGAGACAUCAAGAAGUCUAGAUUUAACGUGACCAAGGUUGACUACCUCGGCGUUCUGCUUGAAGCCGGUGUGGGCCUUAGUGUCGACCCUCGGAAAGUUCGAUCGAUACAAGACUGGAAGUUUGAAGACCUCCGAGACCGCACCGCGAUCCGAUCAUUCGUUGGCCUAUGCAACUUCAUCCGUGUUUUCUGCUACCACGCCUCGGGAGUGGCAGAACCCUUGAACCGGUUGCUUAAGAAGGAUGUUGCCUUUGUGAUGGGCCCGGAGCAACGCGAAGCAUUUGAUCAACUCAAGCGCCUGGCUAUCGAAGCCCCGGUCCUCGCCUUCUUUAGACCAGAACUGCCGACCCGACUGGAGACCGAUGCCUCCCGGAAUGCCACAGCUGGUGUUCUAUGGCAGGAACAGCCUGAUCAGACCUGGAAGCCCGUUGGAUUCUUCUCUAGGACCAUGACCCCGGCCGAGCGAGCCUACCCAAUCCAAGAUCGAGAGCUCCUCGCCGUCGUACAGAGUCUAGAGCACUUCUACCCAGAGCUCUUAGGCCAGAAGUUCGAUGUGAUCACCGACCACGAAGCCUUAGUCCAUUUCUCUACGAAGCGCCUGCUCUCGGUACGACAGAUCAGAUGGUCCGACUUUCUCGCCCAGUUCGACAUCCGUUUCCUCUACCGCCCCGGUCGACUGAACGUAGUCGCCGAUGCCCUCUCCAGGAAGACAGCCGAGCUUCCUACCGUAAAGACCCCAGAAGACCAAGGGAUACAGCAGACGCCCGAUCAAGACCGCCCAGAACUAGACCCGAACUCGGUCCCGAAGGGAGCCGAACUCGUUUCGUUGAUCCGCCAAGAGAACCUCCUCCAAGACCUCGGCACCCAUGGAACACACCUGAUCGUACCAGCCCAGACCUCAGACAAGCAGACGUUUCUUCAGACCGCGCUCAUUCGCGAAGCCCACGAGCCCCAGAUCUUCGCUCACGCCGGACAGAACAAGGUGAUCAAGCUGCUCCAACGAGACUUCUACUGGCCAAGGAUGAAGGAGGAUAUCCGUCGUUAUAUUCGGAACUGCCACGACUGCCGCCGCAACAAAACCCCUCGAGACAAGACCCCUGGACUGCUCCAUCCACUGCCCGUGCCGACUUCUGUUUGGGAGCACGUCGAAUGUGACGGAAGGAUAUGCCGAAAGACCGUUACGGAUAUGACUAUCAUCGUCAUGGAAGCUCCCUACACCUCAGACCCAAGGGGUGUAGAAGUCACAAAUCAAUACCUGGAUCAAAAGCUACGAUUCUACGUGACGAAGCAUCAAGACAACUGGAGUUCCCUGCUGCCCGCCCUCGACUUCGCCCAUAACUCGUCUUGGCACUCUUCCAUCGACAUGGCACCGUUAAAAGUAGCCCUAGGCCGAGAUAUCCGGAAUCCCCUGUCACUGCCCCCGACUAACAAGACCGCUGCCACCGGACCCGCCGCCAGAGCUAGGGAACUUGUGCAGACCGCCCAGGAAACCCAGGAAGACGCCAGGAAUGCUGCCAUCGCCGCUCAAGAACGUCAGAAGGAACAGGCUAAUAGGAAACGACGACCAACCGACUUUGCCAUCGGUGACCGAGUUUUUCUCAGCAGGAAAGGCUUCGCCACGAACGCUCCGACUACUCGGCUAGAUAACCAAUGGUCAGGUCCGUUCGUAAUCCUGGAAGAACGCGGUCAUAGCUACGUACUGCAGCUGCCCGAGUCGUACAAAAUGAAGAACCUAUUCCACGCCGACCGUCUUCGAAAAGCAGCCGAUAACCCUUGCCCCAGCAGAUCCAGACACCUCCGCCACCCGAGGAGAUCAACGGAGAACCCGAGUGGGAGGUUGAUCAAGUCCAGCAGUCUCGAGUAA